AUGCAUCAGCCUCCCAAAGAAGCGCCGGGGACGGCUGUUCUUACAGGCUUCCUCGCAGAGUCGGGAGGGGGGGGCUACUGGGGGACUGUUCCUCCGAGUCCCCACGACCCCACUGACUCGUCCCCAUCGCCGACCGACGUGUGCUCGCUGCAAAGCAGCUUUGAGCCGGCGUUUGUGGCUGGGGGGGACUACAUUAUCGGGGGGAUCUUCCCUCUGCACUACAACCAGGAGAUGCCAGACCUCAACUGUACCUACAAGCCACCAGCAGUCAAGUGUAAUGGGUUUGAUCCCAGAGCCUUCCGCUGGGCUCAGACCCUGAGGCUGGCGGUGGAGCAGAUCAACCAGAGUAAGAAGCUGCUGCCCCGCCACACCCUCGGGUACAAAAUCUUCGAUUCGUGCGCGUAUCCUCUGACGGGGCAGAGGGCCGCCCUGGCUGUGCUGAACGGGCCCGGAGAGACCCGCUCCCCCACGUGCACGGGUGCCUCGCCGCUCCUCGCCGUCAUCGGAGAAUCCGGCUCUGCUCAGUCCAUCGUGGUAUCUCGAAUCCUUCAGCCCUUCAGGAUCCCUAUGAUCAGUUACUUCUCAUCCUGUGCGUGUCUCAGUGACCGCAGAAAGUACCCCAACUUCUUCCGAGUGAUCCCCAACGACGACUAUCAGGUGAAGGCCAUCGCUCAGCUGCUGCUGCGUUUCAGAUGGACUUGGGUGGGGUUGCUGCGUGGGGACCAUGAAUACGGACGCUUCGCCGUACAAGGUCUGCUGAGGGAGCUAAGGGGGACCGGGGUGUGUGUUGCCUACAGAGAGAUGAUUCCUCUGCUCUACAGUCACCACAGGGCUCUGGAGAUCAUAGAGGUGAUGCGCAGCUCCAAGGCGAAGGUGGUGGUGGUGUUUUCGGCGGAGGGGGAGAUGACGCCGUUCCUGAGAGACUACAUGGAGCAGAACAUCACAGGAAUCCAAUGGGUGGCCAGCGAGGCCUGGGUCACAGCCUCCGUCUUCACAGGGAGCGAAUACUACCCCUACCUGGGUGGCACCAUUGGCUUUGGGGUCAAAGAGGGCUCCAUCCCGGGGCUCAGAGACUACCUUCGGACAGUGAGUCCUCAGAGAUACCCUUCGAACCCACUGGUGCAGGAGCUGUGGGAGGCACUGUAUGGCUGCUCUCCUUCUCCCCGCUUCGGCUCUUCGUUGCCCCCCUGCUCUGGGAAGGAGUCCCUCUUGGAGCAGCACUCGGCUUACAUGAACACCUCCAGUCCUCGAGUGGCCUACAACGUCUAUAAGGCUGUCUACGCAAUCGCUCAUUCGCUGAAGAAUCUCCUCCUCUGUCGGCCUGGCUACGGGCCCUUCCGGAACAGCUCCUGUGCUCACAGCAACAACACACACCCCUGGCAGUUACAGCAUUACCUCCAGGAGGUGGCAUUCGCCAGCGACGGGGAGGAGGUGAACUUUGACCUGAAGGGAGACCCCAUACCGUACUACGACGUCAUCAACUGGCAGAGAGGCACGGGGGGAAAUAUUGAGUUUGUCAACGUGGGGCUGUUUGAUGGGAACAAGGCGGAGGGGCAGGAGCUGCUGAUCCAGGAGGAGAGGAUAACAUGGGCGGGGCAUCAAAGCGAGGUGGUGGCGUCUGUAUGCAGCGCCAGCUGUCCUCCGGGAUCCAGGAAGGCUGUCCGUCGUGGGGAGCCUGUGUGCUGCUUUGACUGUGUACCAUGUGACAGCGGCAAAAUUAGCAAUCAGACAGAUUCCAUAGACUGCACCGCGUGCCCUCGUGACUUCUGGUCAAACACAGAACGAACAGCGUGCAUCCCCAAGAAGGUCGAGUUCUUGACCCAUGACUCCUUAGGCAUCGCCCUGACGGCAGUCGCGGCGUCAGGAGGUUGCCUCACAGCAGCCGUCCUCGCGGUCUUCCUCUAUCACAGGAACACCCCCAUAGUUCGUGUUAACAACUCCGAGCUCAGUUUCUUCAUCCUGAUCUCCCUGACUCUGUGCUUUCUGUGCGCCCUGGUGUUCAUCGGGGAGCCCACGCCCUGGUCCUGCAUGCUGCGCCACACCGCCUUCAGUAUCACAUUCUCCCUUUGCAUUUCUUGCAUCCUGGGGAAGACUCUUGUGGUCCUAGCUGCGUUCACGGCCACCAAGCCCGGGGACAACAUUAUGAAGUGGCUGAGGCCCAGACAGCAGAGGACCAUCAUCUUCAGCUGCACCCUUCUUCAGGUUGUAAUCUGCACUGCUUGGCUUAUUGAUGUCCCUCCAUUCCCGUCCCGCAAUACCCAGUGUGAAAGAUCAAAAAUCAUCAUGGAAUGCAGCGUGGGAUCAAGCCUGGCCUUCUGGUGCGUCUUGGGAUACAUUGGCCUCCUGGCCUGCCUGUGCUUUGUACUGGCUUUUCUGGCUCGCAAGCUGCCGGGCAACUUCAAUGAGGCCAAGUUCAUCACUUUCAGCAUGCUGAUCUUCUGUGCAGUUUGGGUGGCAUUCAUACCGGCUUACAUUAGCUCUCCUGGGAAAUACGCAGAUGCCGUGGAGACUUUUGCUAUUCUGGCCUCCAGCUUUGGCCUGCUGUUCUGCCUGUUUGCUCCGAAGUGUUACAUCAUCCUUAUGAAGCCAGAGAAAAACACUAAACAGCACCUCAUGGGGAAGCAGAAGAAGUGA